AUGUCCCAACCAGCAUCAAUGUCCGACGCUAUGAACGCCAUCGUGAUCACCAAGUUUGGUGGCCCCGAGGUCCUCGAGUUCCAGACCGUCGCCAAGCCAGUCCCCACAGUCGGUGAAGUGACCAUCCAAGUCAAGGCUUUCGGCCUCAACCACGCUGAACACCACAUGCGCGCGGGCGAAUGGGACGUCUACAACCGCAUCAGCGGUCUCGAGGCUGUCGGGAUCGUCACGGCAUGCCCUGGGGGCGAGUUGAACGUCGGCGACAAGGUCAUUGCCGCCAUGGGCGGCAUGGGACGCGAGCGUCCAGGCAGCUAUGGCGAGUAUGUCAACGUACCGGCGUCGAACGUGGCGGCCGUCAAGACCGACCUCCCUUGGGAAGUGCUCGCGGCCUUGCCAGAGGUAUACCUCGUCGCUUGGACGUGUCUGUUCACCAUCCUUGAUUUGAAGAAAGGCGAGCGUCUCCUCCUCCGCGGCGCAACUAGCACCCUGGGUGAUGCAGCGCUCAAGCUGGCCGCUUCGGCCGGUGCCAUAGUGACCGCUACGACACGCACGGCCAACCGCUUUGCCCAACUGUGCACCGCUGGAGCCACCCACACCCUCCUCGAGCACCCCAACCUCGCCUCCGAGUUACCCUCACACUGCACGUUUGACAAGACGCUCAACCUCAUUGGCAACUCGGUCCUUGUCGAGUCCAUCGCCCUCACCCGCCCGCACGGUCGCAUGCUCCAAGCCGGCUGGCUGGGCGGUCUCACUCCCCUGGUCGGCUUCAACCCCAUGCUUGAGAUGGCGAGUGGAGUCCAUUUCUCGCUCUUCCACAGCAAGACUCUGGGCGGUCCCGCGUUCCCGCUCAAGGAUAUCCCCGUACAGGCGAUUGUGGAUCUUGUGGAGAGCGGCCAGAUUGACGCGUCUCCCAAAAGGGUCUUUCGUUAUAGAGAUAUUGUGGCCGCGCACCAGAUGCUGGACUCGGGUGUCGGUGGCAAGCUUGUAGUCACUCAUGAAAUGUGA